CCCCGCCUGUGCCUGGGUGCGGGUGCUGGGUGCUGUGCGGGGGGUGCGGGAGCCAAAGGGCCGGUCAGUGAUGGAGCCGCUGCCAUGACAACCCCGGGAAGUCAGCAUCCGCGCCGCCCAGGGAUGCUGCCGGCCAGCCGCGCCGGCGGGGCUGGGAUGCUGCCGCCGCCUCUUCUUCUUCCUCCUCCUCCUCCUCUUCCUCGCCCGCUCCCCCGCGCCCCGUUUUUCGGCUGAGAGGGGAGCUGGGAGAGCAGCCUCCAACCCCCAGCUGGGGGGGCGGCGGGGCGGGGGGGGGACACCCCCCUCUCCGGAGAGAGAGACACGCUUUGCCGAGCCGAGGAGCAUCGCUGGCUCUGCCUCGCGUCCGGGCGGUGGGGACGUCGCCUGCAGCUCCGCGGGGAAGUUUCGAUCUUGCGACCGAAUCGGCGUUUUGGGGGAGCUUUUUUUGGGUUUUGGUUCCUUUUUUUUUUUUUUUUUUUUUUAAGGGGGGGGGGAAUCUUCAUCUUCCUUUUCCCUCUAUUAUUUAAACAAAAGAGCAACAGCCGGCAAACAACCCAACUCCAAGCCCGUUUUGCUCCCCCCAGCCUCUUUUUAUGGCUGCCCUCCCUUUCCUGCCAGAGACACUUACGUUUCCUCCUUGGGUUAUAAACUUUUGAUGCCAGAUCUCCGCAGCGCGUGCCCGACUGAAUCUUAAAGAGUGCCCGUGCGCAGCGGAGAUGCCACCUUCCCCAAAGCUAUGGACAACGUGACUGUGCGGCAAGGGGAGAGUGCCACGCUCAGGUGUACCGUGGAUGACCGGGUCACGCGGGUAGCGUGGUUGAACCGCAGCACCAUCCUGUACGCCGGCAAUGACAAGUGGUCUAUAGACAACCGCGUGGUCAUCCUCUCCAACACCAAGACCCAGUACAGCAUCAAGAUACACAACGUGGAUGUCUACGAUGAAGGCCCCUACACCUGCUCCGUGCAGACAGACAAUCACCCCAAGACUUCGCGCGUCCAUCUCAUUGUGCAAGUUCCCCCCCAGAUCGUCAACAUCUCGUCGGACAUCACCGUGAACGAGGGCAGCAGCGUGACCCUCAUGUGCCUGGCCUUCGGGAGACCGGAGCCCACCGUCACGUGGCGGCACCUCUCCGGGAAAGGGCAGGGCUUUGUGAGCGAGGACGAGUACCUGGAGAUCACGGGCAUCACGCGGGACCAGUCCGGGGAGUACGAGUGCAGCGCCGUCAACGACGUGGCCGUCCCGGACGUGCGGAAAGUCAAAGUCACCGUCAACUACCCGCCGUACAUUUCCAACGCCAAGAACACGGGCGCUUCGGUGGGACAGAAGGGAAUCCUGCAGUGCGAGGCCUCGGCCGUCCCCGUGGCGGAGUUUCAGUGGUUCAAGGAGGACACCAGGUUAGCGAACGGGCUGGAGGGCGUGCGGAUCGAGAGCAAGGGCCGCCUGUCGACACUGACCUUCUUCAAUGUCUCGGAGAAGGACUACGGCAACUACACGUGCGUGGCCACGAACAAGCUGGGCAACACCAACGCCAGCAUCAUCCUGUACGGGCCUGGAGCGGUGCACGACGGCGGCAACGCGGCAUCCCGGGCAGCCGCCGGCCUCUGCCUCUGGGCUGCCCUCCUCGCUCGCCUCCUCCUCGACUUUUGAUAAGGGAGCGGAGGGUCCCGGGAGGCCCCGCCGCGCCUCUCCCCCGCCACGGGCUCGGCCCGCCGCGCCGCCCGGGGACUCCUCUCCGUCGGACGGGCGAUGCGCCGGAGGACGGGCGGCGGCGCCGAGCGUCCGAGGAUGGCCCCCCUCUCCCGCGUGCCGGGAUCGUUCUCGCCGCCGGUUACGCUGUACAGACCCCACCACGUGCCACCAGACUGUCACCCGCCACCGUCGCCCCCGGGGACGCGGUCCGGCACGGAUGAGGCUCGCGGUGGGCGCGGGGCGGGCGCUGCCCGGAGCCGUCACCGGGGACAUCCGUCUCAUCGUCUCGCUAAGCCGCCUAUGCCCAAAAAGACCCCAAGGAUGAAGCCCCACCCCGGCUCUGCCUUCAGCCCUCUCGGUCCUGAAUGUCCAGUUCUCACCGCCAAAGCUCCCUGAGCACCCGGCCUUGCCUCCGCUCCCGGGCCCUUCCUGCUCCCCGAGACCCAAGGAGGGGGGGGGGUCACCCACCACAACUAGUUAUCCUUCAAGGUCACUGCUAACAUUGCACCCCACCUCCCUGAUGACGCAAAGCCGCUCGCCCGGGAACGUGAGCCCUGGCGACUGUCGGUCGCCUUUGCGGGGACGAGAGCCUUCCCACUGUUCCAGCCGUUGCCCCUCCUCGCUCCACUGCUGCCCCGUGAGUCUCGCCCCACCGACACCCAGUCCUCCAGGCUGUUUUUUCCAAGCGCUUUCCAACCUGUACGUCAGCGUGGGGCAGAGGCACUAAACUACACAGCAAAACACAGGGUGAUGAGGCCCUUCUGCUACGGCUCCCGACGCUCACGCCUGUCCACGCACACCCGGAACCCUGUGCUCCCAGCCUUGAGGGCUGUGCCUCCGUUGCUCCACACUGGCUCCCUGCGUGGCUCCCCCCUACCCUUCGGCCAAGCACCUCCGCCUCCCCCAGCGCUGGCAGAAACACGGGAGCCACCCCUGAGCUGCAACAUUUGCCUUUUCCCCGAUGCGUUUUGACCCUACGGAGGAUGCUCCGUUGAUUCCCGCUGCCCCCCAGCUUGAUGAUCCUCCCCGCUGCGCCAGGCCUUCAGCACCAAAAUGGGUGCACCCAGACUCUACCUUCUGCUUCCUCCAGGCACCUUGGGAGCUUCUGCCCACACCCACGCACCAAAUUGCAUGCCCCAAUGCCACGGUUCCCCCUCACCUGCUACAUGGGAGCCUUCCCAAUGCUCCCUGGCCGUCCGGGAACGCUUUGGGGCUGUGGUUUGGGAACAGACCCUCCUGUCCUGCUCCUGAAAAGUCACAUGUGGCGCCGGACCCUGUGCCUGUGCCAGGGAGACUCGACCCUACAGCGACACGCAAAGCGUCCCCCGAUCCCGAGCUGACACCUCCCCGUGCCUUGCCCUUUCUUUCUCCCUCCGUAAGAGAGAUGGUUGAAGAGCAACGGCCCCGCACACGCCACCUUUCCCAUGCAAACGCUGCUGCUGCUGAAACCUCCUUGCCCUGCCGUCCUGCUUUCUGCAGCUGUGAGGAAGCUGGGACCAACAAUUAAAAAAAAAAAAAACAAACAAAUAACUCUGAGCUGGAGGCUGCGACGGCCACGAACCCCAUCCUCUACGCUGCCGUCCCCUUUCCUCAUCCCCACUCUCCACGGGCUACCCGGGACCCACGCCGACUGGCACGGGGUGCAAGGCUGUCACCAAAAAAAAAAAAAAAUAAACCAAACCGAACAGCUACAAAAAUCUCAAUGGAUGCUCCUGCCCUCCGCACGCUGGAUGUCCAACAUGUACCACGGCAGAUUGGCAAAAAAGCCUGUGGCCCGAGGCAGGGGGCUGCUCCGGAGCUGGCCCAACGCUCUGGCUUACCUGAUGGGCAUGUCCUGCGGUCCCUCUCCAACACCAUCCCGGGAAAGGCGGCACCGGCAGCGAUCCCGGCCCUACCCCGCAGCCCCAGGCACCGUUGCAGAGCUGGCACGGCGGCACGCACGUCCUUCCCCACGUGCCUGCCCCAAAAUUACCCUUGGUAUCCCACCCCUGCCUCCAAACCCUCACCUCCCCGUGCCCCUUCCCAGGCCAGCCCGCCCCAAAUUUCUCUGUCCCCGCGGCAGAAACGCUGAACUAGCGCCCCAGACACGCAGGGCCAGAGGCACAUCAGCGAGCGGAGGCACCGAUGAGACGCCACGAUGCACGUGGCCCCAUCCUUCUCCUCCCCGGGGCCAGGUCGGCUCCCCUGUCCUCCUCUGCCGGGACGGCGUUCAACUUUCUCGUGCCAUGUAACGUGCCAUUGUGAGGAACGUGUUGGCUGUCCGAGGCCGGCGGCGGACCCUCCGCAUUCGGACGCUCGGGGGGGGCUGGGGGAAGGUGGCCGGGUGCCCAGGGCGGCGGGGGGAGCGUGGCUCCUGGGUCUCUCCUGCCAAUGGCCACAACGGCCGGUCUUCAGUUUCCGUCCAUCAUUGUAUUCCAAGGGUGGCUAUACUACCUGAGAUUUGUGCAUGUUACAUUGUAGUUGUAACCUUUUCUAAUUCGGCAAGAAUAAGAGAUGGUUGUGAUUGUGCAGUGUAUCAAUAAAGUUUGACGAACUUUG